UGAUCUUCAGCCAUUUUAAAAAGGGCGUGCGUCAUUCGCCCGUCGUUUUGUUCCUCUUUCCAUUGUCGUCGUCCGAGUCUUUUUGAUCGACCGAUGAUUGUUCCAGUCAUCUAAGAGGAUUUUAUAAUCACUGUUUUCAGUUUUCUAGCAGUUCACUGCUAUUCACAAUAAAAAUAUUACAUCUUAAUUGAUAGUGAUAAUUGGUGCAGUCAAGAUCGUUAGAUAACAAAAAUCAUGGAAUUAUUAUAUUUUGCUAUAGGACUUCUAUUUAUAUCAAAUGGUGCCCCUGCUAAUGCUCAAAUUGAUACGGACGAGGGCGAGCCAUACCUCGUGUACUACGACAUCAAUCGCAACCUGACCCUCAACUGCUCCAUGCUCUCCGCAGACACGACGCUCUCAUACGUAUGGAAGAAGAACGACGUGAGUCUGGAGCAGGUGACCGAGCUGAAAGGUCGUUACAAGCUCGAGGAGGGCGGGGCCGUGUUCACGUUGACGGCGCGCGCCAAUGAAGAGGACUACGGCAACUACACGUGCGCGCUCGGAGCCGACGACCGCUCGUGGCAGGUGCACGGCCGGCCCGUCGUCCGGCUUCCGGACAAUACCAACGUCGUCGAGGGGCAGAAGAUCAAACUGCAGUGCAAGGUGGUGGGCAAGCCGUACCCGCAGGUGUCGUGGUACUACAACGCUUCUGAGGAGGUUAACGUGUCAGAGCCUCUGGUGGAGGGUUCUAGGGGCGGGCGCGUGCACCUGGAGGCGUCGGAACAGGGCGUGGACGGGGCAGCUUUAGUGUUGGACGCGGCCGCGCGCGGAGACGCCGGCCUGUACUGGUGCCGCGCGGGCGCCGCCUCUGAUCACACACAGCUGCGCGUUAAAGACAUGUACGCCGCGCUCUGGCCCUUCCUCGGCAUCUGCGCGGAGGUGUUUGUGCUUUGCGCCAUCAUCCUCGUGUACGAGAAGCGCCGCACAAAGCCAGAGCUCGAUGACUCCGACACCGACAACCACGACCAGUGAGUCUCCUCGUGGCGCCUGAGCCGACGGGCUAGCUCUCUAUCGAUCCCGUUCAUUUAUCCGAUAUAUAUUGUUUACUGUUCUCCCCCCCGCUCGUCCCACCCUCGGUGUUUUGGAUCGGACGAUCGAGUUGUUUU